AUCAGAGAGUCUCGCGCAAGUAUCACCAGAAACAUUCUAAUCACAUCUAAGCCAAGACUCGUAGCCUUAGGCAACCGUCACACACAACUCGUUGCACGAUCGAUGCAACUCGUAAGUGUCGAGCUGUGGCCGAAAAAACAAACUAUGCAGCCUCUCUCAUGGCGCAUCUUCGUAGCGACUUUUUUGAAUAUACGUCAGGGCGGUGGAUCUUCAACGAUGACCUUCGCCACGCAGAGCGCAGACGUGUCUUCAAGGUCGAUGAGCUAAGUCGACUUGCAGCGGAGGCCGUCAAUCGGAGUCCUGAUGAUAUCGUCCGCCUGGAAAAACUAGCCGAGGGUGGGUUUAACCGUACCUUCCUCAUUACCAUGCGCUGUGGCUUCCGAAUGGUGGCGCGUAUCCCGUACCCUGCUAUGAUUCCCAAGUACUUUGCUUUCGCUAGUGAAGUGGCUACUAUGGCCUUACUCCGUUCCUUUGGGCUGCCUAUACCUGAGGUAUACGGAUACUCACCUACGCCGAACAACGCGGCAGGGACUGAGUAUAUCUUCAUGGAAUUCGUACAAGGCACCAACUUAAGCGACAUAUGGUUUGACUUAGGGGAAGGGGAAAUCAUUUCAAUCUCACGCCAACUUGCUGAACUCGAGUCCAAGAUGAUGUCGAUUGCUUUCCCGGCUGGCGGAAGCCUUUACUAUACUGAAGACUUGGAGAACGCAGCCGGGAGCACCUCUUGGCCUACUAGGCCGGGCAUCACACUAGAGGACAAGCGUUUCUGCGUCGGCCCAGAUACAAGUCUGCGUUUAUGGUAUGGCAGGAGAUCACAGCUCGACUUAGAUCGAGGACCAUACGAAAGUGCCGAAGCAGCCCUCGUAAGAGGGGCCGAAAACGAACUAGCUUAUUUACGGCGGUUCGGUCGACCGCUGUUGCCGUUCCAGCGCGUAAGGAGGGAAGCUUACAAGUACCAGGAGCAGCCGCCGUCAGAUCACAUCGAGAACCUGGACCGCUAUCUCCUCAUUGCGUCGUCACUCAUCCCCAGGAACCCGUCCCUCGGUCAUUUCCGCAUCCGCCAUCCCGACCUCCAGCCGAGCAAUAUCAUCGUUUCUAGGUCGCCCGACUCUAACUUGCACGUCGUCGGCCUGAUCGACUGGCAACACACCUCGAUCCUACCCCUGUUUCUCCUUACCGGUAUACCCCAACAGCUACAGAACUACGAUGAUAUUGGCUCGCAAUCUAUGAUGCGGCCUUCGCUACCGGAGAAGUUGGAUGACUUGGACGAAACCCAGCAAAGCGGAGAGAUGGAACUCUACCGUCGCCGCCUCGUCCAUUACCACUACGUCAAAAACACGGAGGAGUACAACGAGCUUCAUUACGCGGCAUUGACGAAUCCCAUGGGCGUGCUCCGCCGCCGCCUCUUCUGCCACGCCAGUGACCCGUGGGAGGGCGAAACUCUCGCGCUGAAGGUUGCGCUGAUACAAGCAACAGAGAACUGGAAGACGCUCACGGGGGGAGGCCCGCCGUGUCCUGUCGUGUUCGACCCCGAUGACGUACGCGAGACAAUGAAGCUGGAUGCAGAACAGAAAGAAGCGGAUGAGUCUCUAGAGGCGUGCCGGGACGUGAUCGGCUUCGGGCCGGAGGGUUGGGUGCCCGCCGAGCACUACGAAGAGGCCAUGGCACUCAGCAAGAAGCUGAAGGAGGAUGGAUUGGCGGCGGCCGAGUCGGAGGAACGGGCUCAGAUCGCGGCGCACUGGCCCUUGGACGACAUGGACGAAGAGGAAUACGACUUUGUAUGAUAGCGUUAAGGCAUACCAUGGCAGGUGGUGCUAAGUACAUAGUAUGCGCGAUGUGGGUGCACCAGUGAGGUUAGAAGUCCGAUGUCACAAUUCUCAAUUCUGAGUGGAUGUUUCUGAAACUUUAGAUCCAUGAUGCCGAAUAUAUCUGAAAUGUAGUCCAGGUGUCUGAUCAUUAGACUUCGGUGAUUUGAAGGCAUGGGCCCCUUAUCAGUAGAAAUAGCAAGUAUAUACACUAGCUCAAAACUCCGGCCUAUUUUGAGCUGAUCCUGGACAUACAAAGCAUUUAUAUAUGUAUCACUGAU